AUGGCUUUCAUGGUGAAGUCUAUGGUGGGUGGGCAACUGAAGAAUCUAACCGGUGGACUGGGAGGAGAGGAGAAGGGAGAAGGAGAGAAGUCCCCAGCUGAAGCCCAAGGGAUGACCAGGGAGGAGUAUGAAGAAUAUCAGAAGCAGCUAGUGGAGGAAAAGAUGGAGCGAGAUGCCCAGUUUGCACAGCGCAAAGCAGAGCGAGCGACACUGCGGACCCACUUCCGAGACAAGUACAGACUUCCCAAGAAUGAAACAGAUGACAACCAGAUUCAGAUGGUCGGGGGAGACGUGGAGCUUCCUAAGGAGCUGGCCAAGAUGAUUGAACAAGAUAAUGAGGAAGAAGAGGAAAAGGACUCUGUUAUCGGACAGCUGACCAACAUCCAGAACCUGGACCUGGAUUCCCUGAAGGAUAAAGCCCAGGCCAGGCUAGAUGACCUGAAGCAGUCUGCCGAGAAAUGUACCGUCAUGUGA